AUGGAGUCAUGGGGAUCGAGCACGAGGGAUACGGAGAACAACAAUCAAAGUGCUGACGAGGCAAAGAAAGCUCUUGAGCCAGUGUUUAGCGUUGGAGAUAACGUUGCUCUUCAGAAUUUUCAAUCGGUGUUUCGGACAGGUGUCGACGACCCUGCUCUCCUAAAUGCAGUCCUGCUCACGGCGACCUACGCUGCGACCAAGGAUGUGCUCGAUCAUGAAUAUCUCAAGUACCAAACGGAGACGAUGAGGAUCGUCCGCGAAAGGAUCAGCUUCUUUGAUCCGUCCACCACCGUUUCAACGAUGGGCGCCAUCCUUCUGCUUGCCGGGAUCGAGACUCGAUUAGGAAUGCGAUCGCAAGUCGAAAUUCAUCUCAAAGCCAUUUAUCAGUUACUGCAAUCCUCCAGGGUGGGACAGGUAUAUCUGACUGAUGGAAUCAAACGCGCUAUAUUCUGGCAGGACUUGUACGCACACAUCUUGACCGCCUCGGAACGCAUAGUGACCCAUGAGCUGCGGUGGGAGAGAGACAUAUUCCCGUCAGACAUCUUUGUCUUGUCUCCCGGGUUCCAGAGAAAGGCACAUCUCUUUCCCGAGGAGUUUCUGGAAGUUCUCGUCGACAUUCAUGCCAUGCAAAGUUGUCGAGAUUCUUCUUUCUUUGCCUACGAGGACACUGUGUCCAUGAUGCGCGUGGACAAUCAACAAGCAUCAGUUCAGUCAAAACUUGCAAAUCUUCCGAACAUGCCAUACGUUGUCGAAUGCAGCCGAUGGGCUGCGUACCUGGCAGCGUCGAUGCUCUGCUGUAAGGUUUGGCGGUUAUCUGUAAUGCCGCCAUUGAUUUCCUCGCAGCUCCUUCAGAAGCUACAGCAGGAGCAUGAUGAGUCAGAUUGGUACGGCCAUAGUGACCUGCUGAGUUGGAUGUUGUACAUUGGAGGGGCUUUUGCGCCUCGCGGGCCUACACGGACAGGCUACAUCAAGCUCCUUCAAAAGCAGGCAGAGUUUUCCUCAGAAUUCAUGCAUUUGUCUCUUUCUUGGAGUGAUUUGGUUCAAGAUCUCAGACAAUUCGUCUGGUCGGAGAAGGCAUUUUCUACGCAGGUCAGGUCAUUUUGGGAUGAGGUGCAGUCUGCCAUCGAUUGA